AGUAAAGAAGAUAAGAGACUGGGAACCGAAGCAGAGGGCAGGGAGUGCCCUAAGUCUCUGGAAACCAGACUCCACAGGCAGUGCGACGACCCCGUUCUGGGUGAGGUCGCCCGCCCGUGUUACAUGGGUCACAAGCAUGGCAUGGGAAACCGGUGGAGCUUGCGCAGCCAGAAUUGGCUUGGUUGGGCUUGGACUGGGCACAUUUAGGAGUCAAAACUCUAGGGAGUCAGGGCUGAGAUGCUGGUGUGUGGAUUCCGAUUCCAGGACUGUUGUUUAUGUGUGUUAUCUUGAGCAAAUCUCUUAACCUUCCCGUACCUCAUUUUCUAUAUCAGUGAAAUGGGUUUCCAACAACCCUAGGGUUAAGUGCCUGGAAACCUUCCCCCGCGCAGUACCCAUAUAGAAAAAUACUCGGGAAAGGAGGCAGUGAACCACGCUGCUCACACCUCGUGGGGUUCUUCGGCCUCCCCGGGGUCCCGGCGACAGCCAAUCUUUUUCAAAGGACCCGGUCCUAGCCCAUUAAGGGCGAGUCCCGCUUUCAUAUAUUUAUUUGCUUGCUUGGGCGGAGCUUGGAGCACAACAAGGAGGAGGCGGAGGCGGAGAGCGCAGAGAAAGGGAAGCCACCCCGGGGCAGCAGGCUAGCCAGGCGGGGCUGGGGAGGAGUCAAGCCGGGUUCCAGCCGCCCGGCGCUGCGCGCAACGAGAGCCUCGGGCGGCGGAGACAGGGGCGGGGGCGACGCUUGUCAGCCAAUGGUGCUCGGCGCUACCGCAAGGGCGGUGCAGGAACCCCAGCCGCUGACAGUCAAAGUAACCAACUCCGCCCUAGUACCCGCGGGAUCCCGGAGCCCGAGCCCUAGCGGGGCUGAGGCCGCCCAAAGCGCGCUGCGAGCAAGCGAAUAUGGCAGCAGAAUGAGGAGCCUUGCGCCGGGUGGUGGUCGCCGCUGCGGUGCUGCAGCUCGCAAUCCGCGUUUGGCACGCCACGAACAGCAUUCUUAGUCGGCCUCCGGGUUAUUUCAUUCCGCACCAAGGACCGCGGAAAAGGGAGAUCCGUAGCCCAGAGAGGGAGCUAGGAAGCGGGAGCGCGACCUGGGAGAGAUUCUGCGGGGAUGAGCCGGCCAUGGGGCGGCCUCGGCGGGGCGCACGGAGACGGCCGGCGCAUCGGCGGGACCGCUGCUUGAGCCCGGGCUCCACGGGACUUCGGGGCCUCGUGCGUCCCAGCGGAGUCCCUGACGCUGUCUCCGGGAAGGACACGAUACCUGCGUGGCGGACACUGCAGCGCUCACAGCACUGAGGCUCUCGGAGCCUACAGGGUCUGCGGUUCGGUGUGCUGUCACACCGCCGCACGCGGGCGCCUUGCCCGGGGCUCGGCUACUGGCGCAGCGCAGGGAGGUCGGCUGCAGGAGCCGGGGACUGCGGGACUAGCCGGAGAGGCGUGCGCGCGGGUGUUCGACUGGAGAUCCCGGCAGAAGCAGAGCCGGACGGACCUGAGCAGCCAUGCUUCCCGGGGUGGGCGUGUUCGGCACCAGCCUCACGGCCCGUGUCAUCAUCCCGCUGCUGAAAGAUGAGGGCUUCGCCGUGAAGGCACUGUGGGGCCGCACUCAGGAAGAAGCCGAGGAGCUGGCCAAGGAGAUGAGUGUUCCUUUCUACACUAGCCGCAUCGAUGAGGUGCUGCUGCAUCAGGAUGUAGAUUUGGUGUGCAUCAACCUGCCGCCGCCGCUCACCAGGCAAAUCGCUGUCAAAACCCUGGGCAUAGGCAAGAAUGUCAUUUGUGACCGCACCGCCACGCCGCUGGACGCCUUCCGCAUGAUGUCAGCAGCCCACUACUACCCCAAGCUCAUGAGCAUCAUGGGCAACGUGCUGCGCUUCCUGCCAGCCUUCGUCCGCAUGAAGCAGCUGAUCGAGGAGGGCUAUGUGGGCGAGCUGCUGGUGUGUGAGGUGCAGGUGCACAGCGGGAGCCUGCUGGGCAAGAAGUACAACUGGAGCUGCGACGACCUGAUGGGCGGCGGCGGCCUGCACUCCGUGGGCACCUACAUCAUCGACCUGCUCACCUUCCUCACUGGCCAGAAGGCGGUUAAAGUCCACGGGCUGCUCAAGACCUUUGUAAAGCAGACGGACCACAUCAAGGGUAUCCGUCAGAUUACCAGCGACGACUUUUGCACCUUCCAGAUGGUCCUGGAGGGUGGCGUGUGCUGCACCGUGACCCUGAACUUCAAUGUUCCUGGAGAGUUCAAGCAGGACGUGACCGUGGUGGGCUCUGCAGGGCGGCUCCUGGCAGUGGGCACCGACCUCUAUGGGCAGCGCAAUAGCGCCCCGGAGCAGGAGCUGCUGUUGCAGGACACUACAUCCGUGAGCAACUCCCUGCUGCCCGAGAAGGCAUUCAGUGACAUUCCCUCGCCCUAUCUGCGGGGCACCAUGAAGAUGAUGCAGGCAGUGCGCCAGGCUUUCCAGGAUCAGGAUGACCGGCGCACGUGGGAUGGCCGGCCUCUCACCAUGGCCGCCACUUUCGACGACUGCCUGUAUGCGCUCUGCGUGGUAGACACCAUCAAGAGGUCCAGCCAGACUGGAGAGUGGCAGAACAUUGCCAUCAUGACCGAGGAGCCAGAGCUGAGCCCCGCCUACCUGAUCAGCGAGGCCAUGCGCAGAAGCAGAAUGUCCCUCUACUGUUAGCACUGGGACCUAGUGAACUCGACCUGCUGCAUGGUGCCAGUUAGGGGGAAAUGCACUGUGGAGAGGGUAGCCGUGGGUGGGGAUUGUGGGAGGGGCAGCAUGAAUGCGCAGCACUUAAGAAGGUAGUCCCCAUCCUAGGUAGAGGGCCCCAGUCAAGGUGGUGGUGACCCCAAGAUUUCGUAUUCAGGAAGGCGUGUGAAAGGAAGGGGGUAUAACUAGCACCUCUGUCCAUUACUGUGAGAAGCAAGGAGGGGCCGCUCCCACCCUACCUCAUCCAUCCAUGUCGGCCAUCUUUGCAAGCCAAGGCUGUGGGAGCUAGGCUCUCUGUCAGCGCCCCCCACUGGCAGGAGAGGGCACUUCAUCAAAUGUCUUCAAGGUUUUUUUUGGGGGGGGGGUGUAGGGAGGUAGAGGAGGUGGGUGGGGCUGGUGAGAAAGUUGUCAUUGGGGAAGCCACUGUGUGUUUUACUUUAAGGAUGUGAAGGAAAAGUACUUGGUAGCAAAGUGCUCAGUUUCCUUGGUUGCCUUGUGUCCUAGGAAGCAUUAGGGCCUAACCGGCUCAAUGCUGUUUACUUGGUAAAGGGCGUCUGUAACGGAGAGCAAGCAAGUGGUAAUCUGAACCCCUGAGGUGACCAAGACCACAGACAGGCUUAAGGAGCCCCUUCAGAAGGGGGUGGAGCUAGCAUGAGUGGCAGUCAACCCGUCCUGCCACAAGACUCUCUAGGCAGUGCGAAGAAUGCCACACAUAGCACGGGCUUGACUGUAGCAGCCUGCCUGGGUCAGGGCAGCUACAUUCCUGGGUGUUACAGUAUGAGCUCUCCAAAAGAAGGGAUCACAAGCCCAGCCCCAGAGUUGCUGUAAGCCCAGCCGCCAAGCGGAGGAAAGACAUUAGACAUUUGUGAGUUUAGAUAGGAAGCCAUGCGCCUCACACCCAUAGAAUCCUUUUCCCUUAAGAGUCGGGCUCUUUCCCUUACCCUUGGCCUUGGUUUUCAGGAUUCCGAUAGCUGGAAACUUUUGACUAGGUAUUAAGACAAAAAGUCAACAAGGAUCAUAUUCUCAGUGUUUCUAGAAUGGGGCUUGAGAUCCCCAAGAGGGGGUAUACAUAGGUGGAGAAGGUUCACAUUGUGUGUGUGGGGGAAUCUUCCUCUCCAAAUCCCCUUGUCCUUUUACCCUCCGUGAGAAACUAGAGAUGACCAAGUACUGGCUUAGAAAUAGGCAGAGUCCAAGCCUACAGACACACCCUUGUAAAUGUUCGCUAUCCUCAAAUAUCACUAAAGCAGUCCUUAAAAUUUGAGUCCGGUCUUGAAAGAAAGGUCAGUCACAUCCAGUUUGAAAACAGGGACUUGUCUUUUUCUCGGUUGACCUCGCUAAUGUUCACCCAGCGUGGGGAAGUUUUGAGGCUGGAUGUGUAGACUGGUUCUUGGAACAAUCAGUACUCCUUCUUGGUAAUAAUUCCUGGGCACCGCCAUACUGGAAGCCACACACCAGUGGAAUGGCGGUCAUUUUUUAGCAGGAAGGAGCGGGUGUUGCCUUGGUAGGGAAACCUCCUGCAAUAUGAUAAAGUUGGUCAGCUGAAACUGGGAGUCUGUGUGCAGGGCCACAUUAUAGACUUUUAGGGGGGUUCCUGCUUUCAUAAAUUGCUCUCUAGGAAGUAAUUUCCCCCCAUCUACCUUGAACAACUGUGAUUGAAGGUAAAAUCAGGGGCAUGGUAGAUGACUCCAUGGAGUUCAUUUUUCCAAGUCAUUUAUCUAAGUAGAUGUUCUUGAGAGUUCAAUUUGUUUCUCUCCUUCCUUCCCCCAUGAUUUUGGAGGCUUUCCCUCCAAAGACCCCUGAUCUCUGUAAUAAACAUGCCGGGUCUAAAACUAGAACUCAUUUGAGGCUAGGGGCUGCAGAAAGAAUAUGCGUUCUUUGAAGGCAGCAUGGGAAAGUAGGAAGCAGACUGAAAUUGUUUCUCCUGGAAGGCAUGUGGUAGAGGUGGAAACAGGAGGGAGAGGCAGGCAGGCAGGGGCUUCUCUGAAUCUGAACGACAACAGAUGGUUUCAGGGGCUUCUGAAGUGUUCCUUCGGCCCUUGGGGUCCCACGUGCUGAUUCUUGAUCGGCUGCAGCAAUGUAAGGCUGGAAUCCCAAGCUUUUCACAACAUUCUGCAAACAGACUUUGAUCUAAGUCUUGGCAGCAACCCAGCCACUCCUAAUUUCUUUUACAUGGUUUAAAGGCUUGAUGGAAUGGAAGCUGUUUGGGGCUUUUUUAUUCAUUUCUCCCUUUCCUU